AAUUAAUCUUUAUGAAAGAAAGACAAGAAAAAAAAAAAAGUAUUUGAAAAAAAGACAGAGAGAGAGAGAAAAGACACUGAGAGCGUUGUUGGCGAUGGGAUGCACGGCCUCCAAGCUCGACAGUGAAGACGCUGUCCGUCGCUGCAAGGAGCGACGCCGUCUUAUGAAGGACGUCGUCUACGCUCGUCAUAGUCUCGCCGCCGCUCACUCUGACUACUGUCGCUCUCUUCGUCUCACCGGCUCAGCCCUCUCCUCCUUCGCAUCCGGCGAACCCCUCACCGUCUCCGAGAACACCCCCGCUGUUUUUCUCCGCCCUUCCUCCAGCCACGACGCGCCACGUGCCCCUCCUUCCCCAUCCCCAAAGCCUGCUCCGCCCAUCCGCAGCAAGCACAAUAGGCAAAGGAGGACGAGGCUCCCCCACAUUCUCUCCGACUCCUCUCCGUCUGCCUCUCCUGCCACUACUUGUAGGUCUUUCUAUCCCACUGCUCACCAGAACUCUACCUACUCUCGCUCUCCUUCUCAAGCCUCCUCCGUCUGGAACUGGGAGAAUUUUUACCCUCCCUCUCCCCCCGACUCCGAGUUCUUCGAACGCAAAGCUAGCCACCGUCUUCCUUCCGAUUACGACGCCGAAACUGAGAUUUCCGACCACACCCUGAGAGAUGCCGCCGAAGAAGUUCACUGCAGCGAGUGGGGAGACGACCACGACCGUUGCUCUGCCACCUCUUCGUCUGACGGAGAUGUGGUGCCCGAAACGCAUGUUCCAAGAUCCGGUAUUGAAGAGCCGGAGAAACAGCAGCGAGACCCAAAUGGCAAAGAUACGAGGUGCAACUCUGACCACGUUACCACUUCUUCCCACUGCUACCAGACCAAAAUGGUGGUAAGGCACAAGAACUUGAAGGAGAUCCUUGACGCCGUUCAAGACUACUUCGAAAAGGCUGCCUCCGCUGGUGAUCAGGUUUCCGCCAUGCUUGAGAUCGGCCGGGCUGAGCUCGACCGCAGCUUCAGCAAGCUGAGGAAGACGGUGUAUCAUUCAAGCAGUGUGUUCAGCAACUUAAGCGCAAGCUGGACCUCAAAACCCCCUUUGGCUGUCAAAUACAAGCUCGAUGCAUCUACUCUGAAAGAUGAACAAGGCGGCUUCAAGAGCCUCUGCUCUACUCUAGACCGACUCCUCGCUUGGGAGAAGAAGCUUUAUGAGGAUGUCAAGGCAAGGGAAGGAGUUAAGAUCGAGCACGAGAAGAAGUUGUCUGCGCUACAGAGUCAGGAGUACAAAGGAGGCGAUGAAUCCAAGCUAAACAAGACUAAAACUUCCAUAACCAGAUUGCAAUCCCUCAUCAUUGUCACUUCAGAAGCUGUUUUAACCACGUCUAGUGCCAUUCUUCGCCUCCGGGACACUGACCUUGUGCCUCAGCUUGUUGAACUCUGCCACGGAUUAAUGUACAUGUGGAAGUCAAUGCACGAGUACCACGAAAUCCAGAGCAACAUAGUGCAACAAGUCCGUGGCCUGAUCAACCAAACAGAGAAAGGUGAGUCAACAUCAGAGGUACAUCGGCAGGUGACAAGGGACUUAGAAUCAGCCGUCUCCUUGUGGCAUUCGAGCUUCUGUCGCAUCAUCAAAUUCCAGAGAGAGUUCAUCUGCUCUCUCCACGCCUGGUUCAAGCUCAGCCUUGUUUCCUUGAGCAACGAAGACCCAAAGAAACAGAGGCCAGACUCAUUUGCCUUGUGCGAGGAGUGGAAGCAGAGCCUGGAACGGGUGCCUGAUACGGUGGCGUCAGAAGCCAUAAAGAGCUUUGUAAACGUGGUCCAUGUCAUAUCAAUAAAGCAGGCGGAAGAGGUGAAGAUGAAGAAACGCACGGAGAGUGCAGGAAAGGAGCUGGAGAAGAAGGCAUCCUCACUUAGGAGCAUAGAGAGGAAAUACUACCAGGCUUACUCGACGGUUGGGAUAGGCCCUGGACCGGAGGUAUUGGACGCUCGGGAUCCGCUGUCUGAGAAGAAAUGUGAGCUGGCGGCGUGUCAGAGGCAGGUGGAAGAAGAGGUGAUGAGGCACGUGAAGGCUGUGGAGGUGACACGGGCAAUGACUCUCAACAAUCUUCAAACCGGCCUGCCCAAUGUCUUCCAAGCCUUGACCAGCUUCUCAUCUCUCUUCACUGAAUGUCUCCAGACUGUCUGUUCGAGUUCCUACUCCAUCAACAACUGAAUGACUGAUGAUGAGGUGCAAGAAGUAUCAUGUAAAUUUACCACUGGUUCUCUUUUGCGUUAACCUUUAAAUUUGUUUGAGGAUUGAUGAUUAAUCUAUUUGACCAUCAAGAAUUUUAUAAUCA